CAAUCGGCCCGUCGGAGUUAGCAGUUAAGGCCGACGAAGGGCUGAACAACAGCCAUUCCGGCAAAUCGACCCCAGCGGGCGGGAGCUCAGCCGUCGGGCUAAAUAGAGUGGCAUGGGGGUUGAGGGUGGAUGGUGUGGCUGGUGCCUCGGCCAGCGGCCCAAAGGGGGAGCGACCAUGGGGGCCGCCGGUGCGGCUGGUGGCUGAGGGCGGCGAGGAGGGAUUUGGGUUUAUAGGGAGGGGGUGUACGGAAUGAGAGCUCACGCCCAUCUUCCUCCUCUGAAUUUUCGUGUUCUCACACAGAUUGAGAUCAAGGAUGUUUAGAGAACAUUGUAAUGUUUUUCCCCAGAAGUUCAGCAAUUUAGAACAUUACAAGCAUGAUGUAUUUUAGAAAAGGAUAUUUAAUUAACAUGAUAACAUGUAAAUCUUAACUUGAUUCAACAUUCAAUUCAUAAUUUCAAUGUUUUGUUUUCUCAAAAUAUAUGUAGAACUUGUGGGCACUAAAUGUUAGGUACAAAAAGAACUUUAACUUUUGUGAGAAGUUCACCGGUCAAAAUCAAAGAGGCAAACGAUAUUAUUAUCUUUAAAUGAGAAUGGGGGUUUGAACCUAUGACCUCAACCACCGGUCUUGUCCAGUUGUGCUCAAGCACUAGUACCCUGGAAAUUUGUUUAUGUACCACCUGCCUACCUCCCCACCAGCAUCCCUUUAUAUGGGUGUGGCAUUUGCCCCUUCAAGGCACUCACAAAGAAGAAUCCUGACAAUUGUCGAGAACCAGUAGAUUAUCUGUUACUUUGCCUCUGAGGGAGGUAAUGUACUAGAUGUUUAAAGCGAGCCACUCCCAGGUUCCUCUUGGAGAGCAGUAACAGAGGAGCAAGAAGGGAGGAAUCAUGGAGUCUAUACCUCUUCUGAGUCCUUACGAAACAGGAAAAUUCAGGUUUUCACACAGAAUUGUGCUGGCACCAUUAACAAGAUCCAGAUCAUAUGGCAAUCUUCCACAAUCGCAUGCCAUACUGUACUACUCUCAGAGGUCUACAAAGGGGGGCCUUCUCAUUUCUGAAGCCACAGGCGUGUCAUCUGAUGCUCAAGGGAUGAGUUUAAUUCCGCACACCCCGGGCAUAUGGACCAAGGAACAAGUAGAAGCCUGGAAGCCUGUUGUGGAUGCGGUGCAUGCGAAGGGUGGGAUAUUCUUCUGUCAGAUUUGGCAUGUAGGAAGAGCAUCUGAUAUGGAGAAAGAACCCAUCUCAAGCACAGAUAAGCCAGUGGCAAAGAAUGAAGAUGACCACAUGAAUUUCUCCAUCCCAAGACGCUUAACUGUAGAAGAAAUCCCUGAUGUAGUCAAUCAUUUUAGAAUUGCUGCAAGAAAUGCUAUGGAUGCUGGGUUUGAUGGGGUUGAAAUUCAUGGUGCGAAUGGCUUCCUUGUUGAGCAAUUCAUGAAAGAUAGUGUCAAUGACCGUACCGACAAGUAUGGAAGCAGCCUGCAAAACCGCUGUCGCUUUGCCCUUGAGGUAGUUGAAGCCGUGGCGGCUGAGAUUGGGUCUGACCGUGUCGGGAUCCGCCUCUCUCCUUAUGCCAACUACCUUGGCUGCCAUGACUCGGACCCAGAUGCGUUGGGUGUCUACAUGGCUCAGGAACUGAACAGAUACAACAUCCUGUACUGUAAUGCGGUGGAACCUGAGAUGGUCAUGGUAGACGGCAAGAUGCAGAUCCCGCACAGGCUGCAUGAAAUGAGAAAGGCCUUCAACGGAAUGUUCAUGGUUGGUGGGGGUUACGACAGGGAGGAGGGGAACAGAGUUGUGGCUGAUGGAUACGCUGACAUGGUCGUAUAUGGUCGCUUGUUCUUGGCUAAUGCUGACCUGCCGAGGCGAUUCCAUUUGAAUGCACCUCUGAACAAGUACGAUCGAUCGACAUUCUAUUCCGAUGAUCCUGUUGUUGGUUACACAGAUUACCCGUUUCUUGAGGACUUGCCAGCGAGUUCUACAAGCGGGGAGAUCUGAAUUGCCUUGGUGCGACUUCUUGCUCCAGGAAUCUGGGAGCAGGCUUGCUGCAUCAUUGGAAAGCAACAUUUGGAGGUUCUUCAUUGGAUGCUGUUGUUUUUUACGUUUCGUUGGUAUGAAACUGAUUUGAACUAAUUCGGGUUUAUAAGGUACUUCAACAAAUGAAUUGAUGGUUUGGUGAUAGAUAUAUUAAAUGUUAAGGUAGUGCAAAAGGAGCAAAGGGUUCUUGGCAAA